GCCACGUUUGUUUUAGUAAAUGAGAAUAACCUGUUAUAAUGUCUUUGUAAAUCAUUCUAAAUCCAUUAAUGGCGUUUCGCAAACAAAUUAUGGAAAUCUUAAAAAUGUACAUUUCGGAUUAAAACUGUAAAGGCAGGCCAUCCUGACAACAUAAUGGCAACCAUGUCGAAGUUUGGAGAAUGGGAAGACUACGAAAUACGACCACAGAGAUCUUCCAACGGAGGUCAGCGCAUUGCUUUUGUUACACCACAAAUGGAUAUCGACAUCACCGGAUGUACUCCUAAACAAGUCCGUACACACCUCAUCGACCACCCCCGCGAUGACGGAUUAAAACAGCGCGAACAACUCUGGAAUUUUCAGCAACGAUAUCGCGGAGUCGGUAACGGCAAAUUACGAACAGUCGUGGCCACGGAUACGGAGGAUUAUAAACCGGAACAAAGUAUAUCGUUUAGCAACAAAGAUAUCAUAAGACCCAUUUCAACUUCAAGAACAGAACAUUCCGGUGACCAAUCCAGCUUAGCCACUCGGUUUAAAAGAAGACUGAAACAAAAGAAUUUAAAACUUACUCGUAUCCGUACGAGAGAACUGCCCUGUGUUAUGCCAAACAGUCAAAACGAGGUCUUUGAAAAAAGAGAUACCGACCGGGAGGUUCAUUGUAUUCAAAGGCUAUAUUCAUCCGAGUUGUGUAUCAAAAACAGUAUUUACAACCAACUCAAGUCUGGUGACAAUGAAGAGAAGCGAAAUGACCCAAAGGCUGGUGACAGAAGUCGGAUCCUUGAAACGAUACAGAGGCAUGGUUCUUUAGAAAAAUUGCCAGAUGUUCGUUUACCAUCUUCAAUUAAUUCUGCUCAACCACACUCUUUCAAGUUCUUCAAAACUCUUAAUCCAUACAAUAGACGAGUGUUUGACCAUCUUUCUCACAGGCGAUAUAUACCACUACAAAGGUCUUUUACAAACAUAACAGACCUCGGACCAACAAAACGAAAACUCAUUAUAGUUUCGAGAAGAGACAAAGGCAAAAGUAGAGGAAUUAAACUUAACUAUUUAAACGACAAUUACUACGAAGAGAAUGGCAUUGAAAACAACGAAAUGUCAGACGAUGAAGGUGAAGAAGGAGACGACGAGGAAGACGAAGAGGAUGAAGAAGAUGAAGAAGAGCGUCAAAUUCUUACUGAAAGGAUAGCAAAACAGCUACAUUGCAGAGAUGAUCGACAGCCGAAUAUGGACUAUAUAGAUAGCUUCUCUACGGCUAAGACACAGGAUGAUAUGAUUCUCACUCGGCAGCAUGCUGACGAAUUAACUACUAAAAACCAGUUAUUACGCUCAGAGAAAACGUUUUCAAGUGAGGGAAGAAGAACUCAAAAUCGACAUUAUACAGAACCUGAUUUUGAUAGUGUUGGACAGUCGUUCGAGAUCUGUGAAGACACUAACUUCAGAGGAAUCGAAGAUGGCUGGACAAGUAAUGAUAGCAACGUAAAGCCAAAGACAAAAACAAGCAAGAACUUGACAGCUAAGUAUAGUAAACGAAAAGUUUUUAAAAGAAAGUCCAAACGUAUUGAAACAAGGUCAAGUUCGUCGGAAGAAGAGCUUGACAUUCCAGACGAUAGAUAUGGUCCGACUACACACUCAGUAGAUAGAAAGCUGUCGAUUCGAAAGCCAUGGGAAUGGCGACCAAGUCCGUAUAGAUGGACGGAUAAACCAUUCGUCAAAGAAAGCGACAAACCUUAUAUCGAAAGGAUUAUCAAUCGGGGAGAAAUCAUAGAUGAGUUCAGCUAUGAUUCAUAUGAAAGAACCAAACCAUUGAAGGUACAAGCCUAUCCUGAGGGUGCUGGAUAUAAAGACAGAAGCGGUAAAUUAAGAUGAACUUCACAGCAACGUCAGAGAAUAUUAUAAACAAGAGCUCUUCGUUCGUAGAGCUUGCUUAUCAGGUGCAAAAAUCCAAGAAACGCAUUGUUAAAUUAUUGUAAAUGCUGUGAUAUGUGAACUGUUUAGUCAAUAAAUUCAGAAAU